AUGGGCUUCCUCUCCAAAAUUGUCAGCGAGUUUGCCGGCUCCGGCGGAGAGCCGCAGCAACAGCAGCAGCCACAAGGCGGCUACGGCGGCGGCGGCGGCGGCGGCGCACCCCCGCAAGUCCAGCCACCCUGGGUCGCGCGCUGGGACGAGCCGGCACAGCGCUGGAUCUUCAUCAACGAGCAGACGGGCGCGCGCACCUUUGAGCACCCAGGCAGCGCGUACCAGGAGAGCGGGUACUACCAGGGUGGGCCACCGCCGCAGCAGCAGGGCUACGGCGGCGGCGGGUAUGGCGGGGAGCGGUACGAGGGCGGCGAGGGCUACGGCGGCAGGGGAUAUGGCGGCGAGGAGUACGCGCAGCAGGAGGAGGAGAAGAAGAGCGGCGGCCACGGACUCAUGUACGGUGCCAUGGGGGCCGCGGCGGGGCUGGCUGGGGGUGCGCUGCUGAUGCACGAGGGGGACAAGAUCGAGGACAAAUGGGACAAUGACAAGGACCGCAUCGAAAAUGACGUGGCCGACUUCCCCGACGACGCCGCGCGCUGGACGGGCGAGAAGGUAAAGGACGUCGAGGACAUCCCGGACGACGUCGAGGAGGGCUACGACCGCGCCAAGUACGGCGCCGAGCGCAAGUUCGACGACGCCGUCGAUGACGUCGAGGACGUGCCAGACGACGUGGCGGGCUGGGCUGGCGACAAGGUCGGCGACGUUGAGCGCUUUGGCGACGAUGUCGGGAGCUUUGGCGAUGGGAUGGAGAAUUCGUAUGACCAGGGCAGGGAUGAGGCGAGGUAUGAUGAUUACUAG